UGUACAAUAGAGCUAGCUAAUUAACACCAUCAAAGGAUUACAAAGCCAUUUUAGCUGGCCACACCCUCCUCAAAGACAAAGGGUUUCUGGUUUCUGGCCAGGGAUCGAUGGAAGCUGGACUAAGUGACGUGAUAGAGAUGAGCACUGUGCCAGUGGACAUAGAUCAAAUGAACACAGGCAGUGCUGACCAGGUAGUUACCAGUGACUGUACAACUGAUGAAGAAGACGUUAAGCCUUCAGCCAACAAUGUGGACCCUUCGGAUAAUCCUGAAGUAGAAGCAAGCAUUAGUGAUAGUGGUAAGAAGUUAAGCAGAUGGCAGUUUGCAACUCAAGGUACUGUACUGUCGUCCAUUUUCAUCCUCGUCAAAACAUGUGUGGGGGCGGGGACACUCUCUCUGCCAUUUGCAUUUGCACAAGGUGGACUGAUCUUCUCCAGUGUUGUCUUCUUUAUUGUUAUGCUGAUUGCGAUCCAUGUUGGCACAAUGAUUUUUGCCUGUGGGAGAUACACAAAUGAAUUGUACCCAGACAAAAAAGUGGACGCUUAUGCUGAUUUGGCAGAAGUGGCGUUUGGGAAACUUGGAAAGAUUGCUGUGCUGCUGACGAUCGCCGUUAGUCAAUUCUUGUUUCUCAUAGCACUUAUGAUCUUGGCUCGAGAUCAGCUCCAAGAUAUUGUCUCAUUUGGUCUAUUAGUGACUGGUUAUGUUCCUGAAUGUUCCCCACUGACCAACUGCACUGUGCUGAUGUGCAUAGCCUUUCUGCCCAUCUUUCCAGUAACCCUAUUUCGUAACCUAACAGCCUUACAGUUCAUCACCUACUUCAGUAUCUUCUGCGUCAUCUUUGUUGUAAUAGCGAUGACAGUCGACACUACCUUAUACUGGACGACCAACACCAAUGUCAGCAUCUCUGAUCAAACCAUUCAACUGUUUCCCGUCAGCUUCCCUGGGUCCAUAACUGCCAUCUCUUAUUGCAGUUUGUCCUUUGUCUGUCAGUUCAACAUUGUACGACUUCAGAAGGAGUUAAGAGGUCGACCUACAAAACUGAGGCUGUAUGCAAUCAACAUUGGCUAUGCUGUGAUUGCGUAUACAAUCUUCAAUAUUGCGGUUUUUGCAGGAUAUUUUAGGUUUUUUGAAGACUUGAAGGAAAAUGUAAUACUAAACUACUCGAGGCGUAACUACCUGUUGAUAGCUGCUCGUGUGGCCCUGCUUUUCAUGCUAAUCACCAGUUACCCUGUGGGACUGCACCCGGGCAGAGACGCUACAAACAGUGUGUUCCUACUGGUACACGACCUUAUUUCAAGUAAAUUCUGCAAGAAAAAGAAGUCGACGAAGAAUGGCCAAAAUACUAAUUUGAGAGCAAAUGGAGAAUCUGAAAAUGUUAAUACCAUCGAAACUGAUAUGCAAUCGCCCAAACCUGACAGCGUAAGUGAUAAGGACGAAUUGCAGUCUCCUUCAGAAUGCAGUGGGAGCACUGGCAAGGAAGAUUCAAGAUCAGCUGGUGAAUCUAAACAUGGCAAUCAUAAGGUUCCGACAGUAAUCUGGUUCUGUGAGACCUACAUGUUUUUUGCACUCUCGUUCAUACCGGCCAGCUUCAUCUUGAACGUUGGAAUCGUAUGGAACUUUGUCAGCUCUAUAGGAGGAGUGCUUAUCCUCUACAUCUACCCUGCGGCAAUUUACCUCAAGCUACGAUAUGCUCGAUACAAAAAACGUGGUCAAGAUAACAACAUAAGCAUUCGAUCGCAGUACACUACCAAGGCAGCUGUAGAAGAAGUCAUAGCGUGGUGUAUCCUGCUGAUUGGUAUUGUACUACUCUUCCUCACUAAUUAUCAAGCUCUCUACACUGUUAUAGAGACUGGCAACGAUAGCGGUGGAUUGUGUUUUCAGCUGGAGUGUAGGACUGUUGAACUAUGGAACCAAACUUACUUUGACCUUUCAUGACUAUAGCUUAACUGUGCUUUGUGUACAAUGUGCAUAAAGACUAAUAAUAUUAUUUAUGUA